AAACGCACAUUCUUGAAAACAACUCUAUUCACCCCCCCUCUAGAGUUGCACAUUUGUCUAACAAUUGGUAUCGGAGCAGGAAGUUCUUCGAAUACGUUAUUUUUCAGGAACUAAAAGAUCAAAUGGCAUCAAGAAUGUUCAACGCAGGAGUGAACGAGGGACAAUCAACCGCGAGGCCACCGUUGUUCGAUGGAACCAAUUACUCGUAUUGGAAGGAGAGGAUGAGAAUCUUUAUCCAAUCCAACAACUACAAGCUGUGGUUGAUUGUGAGGAACGGCUGCGGAGUCCCGAUGAAGAAAGUCGGUGAAGUCAAUGUUCCCAAAACUGAAGAGGAGUUCACCGACGAAGAUUGCAAAAAGAUGAAGCUCAACGCCAAGGCAAUAAACAUGAUUUAUUGCGGUGUUAACGCGGAUGACUACCGCAAAAUCUCGCGGUGUGAAACCGCAAAACAAAUGUGGGAAAAAUUGGAGGUCACUUACGAAGGAACCGCGCAGGUUCGGGAGGCCAAAAUUGACCAUCUCACUCACGAGUAUGAACUCUUUUCAAUGAAGGAAAAUGAGAAGAUUGAGGAAAUGUUUGAGAGAUUCUCUAACAUCAUCAAUCCUCUCAAUCUUCUCGGGAAAACAUACACCGACCGAGAGCUCGUGAGAAAAGUGCUGCGAAGCCUAUCCCCCAAAUGGCGUUCAAAGGUGGACGCAAUCGAAGAAGGUCGUGACUUCCAAACAACGACUUAUGAUGCUCUUCGAGGUAAUCUCAUUACCUACGAAACCACCCAACUCUCAAAGGUGGUUGAAGAGAGGAACAAGAGGUCUAUUGCUCUACCCGCAACAACAUCAACCCACAACAACGUUGAUGAUGAAGAUGAUGACAGCGACGACACCGACCUCGGACUCUUUGUCCGAAAAUUCAAGAAGAUGAUGCUCAAGAAGGGAGCCAAGAAAAACACUCCACCCAAAUGCUAUGGGUGUGGUGAAAUUGGACACGUCAAACCAAUGUGCCCAAAGCUCAAGAACGAGAAGGACAAGAAGGCACCAAAGAAGCAGCGUGCCUACAUUUCUUGGGAGAACGACGGCUCCGGGAGUGAAGACUCGGAAACGGAAGAAGUGGCCAACUUGUGCCUCAUGGCCAUUGAAGAUGGUGAUACAUCAAAAGAGAAGAUUUGGAUAAUGCGAUAUCUCGCGGGCACGUUGAAUGUAGGUCUUUGGUAUCCCAAAGGUUCAACAUGUCAUCUUGUUGGCUAUUCCGACUCGGAUUUUGCAGGUUGCAAACUCGAUAGGAAAAGUACCAGCGGUCAAGAAACCGCGGUAGAGGAGAAUGAGAGGCCAUGGCGUCGUGAAGGGAGCAAGUAUAUUCACAUUCAAACGGGUCUUGCCUUCAACACUGGGGCUUCAGUCGAGAGGUUCCACAACAUCUUCCUCACGAAGGAGAUCGUCUCUCCCAAGAUCGUGAACAAGGACCUCUUCAAAUCGGCGACCUAUGCCCCGAACUUUACUCGGGACACUCAGGUGCCGGUCAAGAAGACGUGUUUCAUCACUAAAGCCAAGUUUUCCCGGAUCGUGUAUCGAGAGGAGGGCGUUGCUGCACCAAAUAUGGACCUAAUAGUCGUAGAAGAAGAAGAAGAGAGCCAAAACGAGACUCAAGCAGAGUCAUCUCAAGCCAGAGGAAGUCGAGCCACGGAGCGCGUCACUCGUCAAUGGAGGACUCGUCCAAGAGAAGAAGCACCGGAACCUUCUUGGGUGAAGAAGAUCUUCGAUACUCUCACGUGCAUCCGAGAUGACGUUCGCCAGCUCAACGAGAGGAUGACUCAUCUUGAGCAAUCUCGCUCCUACCGUGUCCCGCGUCACAGUUUUGGCGGAGGAGCUCGUCUGGCGAACUCUCUUUGAUUGUUAUUUUCUUUCCCUCUUGACUGAUUAUGACACAUUGUUAUUUGUUAUGACUCUUUUGGUGGAUGAUGAUGUUUCCUUUCGAUGAUGCUAGUUGAUAUUAACUGCUUGUGUAUUAAUAUCAUUGUUGGCUUGGCAAUAUUGUUCUUAUUUAGAACAUAUUGUCCCUUUAUGGCAUUUCUCCCUUCAAUAUCCCGGCAUUGUUUAAGGG